UCAGGUCCGUUACAAUUAUCCCUGUGAAGAUUUGCCACCCCCCCUCGCCUUCUUGGUUGUCCACAGAGGAGCAGAUGGGAGCUGCUGGAAAACCGCAUCCUCUUCUAUGCUGGAAGUGGCCCUGGGAUCCCUUUCGAAAACCACAAGAUCCCCAAAAUCCUAACCCUUGCGGCACUCUCGAGUCUCCCUGGCUCUUCCAGUCCUUACACAACCUCAGCUCCCUCGCCGUAAACCUUUUCGACCAAGCCUUCUCCCUCGAUCCAGCCCGUCAUGGCUCCAAGAAGACCGCACCCUUGUCCCGCGAGGACCAGGGAGAGGCUGAGCACCGGGCAUUGGCCUCUGCGCUUGCUAGCGGUAAGGAUGCCACUGUUAUCGAGUUUUACUCUCCCAAGUGCCUGCUCUGCAACUCCCUUCUCGAUCAUGUCCUUGAAUUGGAGGCUAGAAACUCCGAUUGGGUUAGUUUUGUUCUGGCGGAUGCUGAGAAUGAGAGAUGGCUUCCUGAGCUCCUCCAUUACGACAUUUCGUAUGUGCCUUGCUUUGUGCUAUUAGACAAGAAUGGUAGAGCUCUGGCGAAAACAGGAGUUCCAACUAGUAGAGAACAUGUCACUGCGAGUCUUUCUCAUCUUUUGCAAAUGAAACAACCGUGAUUCCGAACAGGCAAAGGUUCAUAGUUAGAUUGAUAGUAACUGGAAGCUGAUGAAAUUCUUUCAAGAUCUCAUUUUCCCCUUUUAUUUCAAGGCAUGUAUGUAAAAGUAAUUGUUUGCUAAGUGAGUCAGUAUGAUAUAAUCCUAUCAUACUCCCCGUGAUAAGGAGUUUGUACAUCCUGAAACUUUCAUCUUCCUCUGCUCCUUUAUUUUCCUUAAUCUUUGCGUCAAUUAAGUAGCAAGUGUAUUUUACAGUUGAAGCCUCUAUUUUUAUUUUUUUUUAUUU